AUGGAGCUCGAUUCCAUCACCGCUAGACGCAGGCUCGCUACCGUCGCCGCUCACUUCCCGCCAACCACUAACGAUCCCGCCUCCUCCGCAUCUCUCGUCCCCUUGAACUGCAGCAGCAGUUUAAACUCUGUCAUGAGAAGAUGUGAUAACAAAAUCUCUUUUGGCCGUCAAGCAUCUUCUGAACAAGGUCUUUUCAUGAGGCAGCAGACUUCCUCCGAUGAGUCACUUCCUCAGAACGGCAGCAUCAGUUUGAAGAACUCUGUCAUUAGAAGAUGUGACAACAGGUUGUAUUUUGCUCGACAAGCAUCUUCUGCGCAGGGCUUUUUUAUGAGGCAGCAGGGUUCGAUUGAUGAGAUGACCAUACCACAAGACAGUGCAUCUACCAAAACGAGUGGCUACGUUUCUUCUUCAGAACAACCACUGCUUUCCAGACCUGAGUACGCCCCACCACAGUUUUCCAAGGCCGCAAAACAAGACUUGGCUUUUUCUUCUAAUUCACUCAAUCAGCUAAAAGAAAACUUGACAAAGCCAUAUAAGCCUGACCUUCCUAAGUUAUCCGAUUUAGGGACCAUUUGGUCUCCGAGAUCGAAUGUUGCAGAAUAUGAACAUAACUAUAUUGUGGCAAUAGAGCUGCCAGGGGCCAGCAUCAAUGAUAUAAGAGUGGAGAUCGACAACACAAACUUGAAUGUGACUGGUAGACGCACAGCUAUCUGUCAAAAAGUUGAUGAAGGUACCAAGAAAUAUCACAAGCAAGAAAUAGUACAAGGACCAUUCAACGUUUCAUGGCCACUCCCCACCAAUGUGAACAAGGAUAACGUUUCUGCUGAAUUCAUGGAUGGGCUUCUGAGAAUAGUGAUGCCUAAGCUCUGA